AUGCAUAUCGCCAAAUUCAUUCUUGAUGACUGGUCCAAGUUGGAGAUACCCAGUUCCCAAGACAGAUUGCGAAGGCUCUGCUCUGUUUCGCGCCAGUGGUACUCUGCUGGCAUCGAAUAUCUCUACUACCGACCUCUACUUCACCGAGGGAAUAGCUUUACACUAUUCACCAACACUGUGUGCCCGCCAAUUCGCUCCCGGCAACGAAAAGUGGACUUGGGCUCGCUCGUUCACGCCCUGAACCUCGGCCCUUUGGUACAUCACAGCUCCAAUAGCUUGACCGCACGGCUUCUAGGUCGAGUGAAGAAAAAUCUGGAGAUAUUUGUUGCUCCAAGGGUAUCUUUUGCCGUCAAUAGCCUUGCGCCUUUAGCCAAGUGCAAGGAGCUUUCCUAUCUGUGUCUUAGCACGGUGGCUGAUCCAAUCCCAUUUUCUACUCUCAAGAAAGCCAUCAGCGGUCUUGACAAACUGAAAUCGAUUGAGCUUCCACGAUCAACGUGUAUCACGGAUGAUGGUUCGACUGAUGAUUGGCCACCCAAUCUGGAAUACCUCAAGAUUGGCGGGAAAUUUGACAUCGAGAAAAUGUCUUCUUUCAGGUGGCCCCCCAAUCUGGUAGGAUUGACACUUUGUGGUUGCGAGGAUCUAGACACUUUCGGCUUGGAAGGGAUUCUUAUCAACGAGCAGCUCCGCACCACGCUUGAGCAGUUGACCAUUCACAGCUACAAUCGCGGGAUGUUUAUGGAGGUAUCGUCUGACAUCUUAUCGACACUCACUGCUUUGAACUCUCUCCGGAUACCCGUUGAUAUGCUUUACACCUUACUCAUUCUUCCUUCAUCUGAGUUCCCAAGUUCUCCUAUGUCAAUUCGUGAGCUGGAACUCCUAUCACCACAUGACGAGGAUUUUUCUUCUGCGCUGGUUUUUCAUCCCAAUGACCUUUGCAAGGCCUUGAAAACGGAUCUUUCUCGAGUGUGCUAUAUUGGUAUCAGCCCUGGCUGUCUUGACAUAAUACCCGAAAAAUGGCAUGACGAAAUUGACAAGUGGGUGUGGAAGAACAUUGACAAGUGCUCUGAGGAGGAAUUCUAUGCUCUUUCUGACGUGGGCGUCGGUGUCAUGGAUAGGGAGCCAUUCUGCUAA